UUCCUUCCAAAAUAGAAAGUACAGUGUGCGUCUGCGCUAAAUUCAUGUAACCUCAGAAGACUUCAAAAUGUCGACAUCAACGGUCACGAAGCUCGGCCUGGGCCCUGUCAAGAGGUCUUUUGUACAGCUGAUGCAGACAAGAUGUACUCAGACUGCAGCUGCAACAGCAUCACAGCCAGCACGAAUGAAGAAAUUUGCUGUAUAUAGAUGGGACCCAGAAAAGCCAGGAGACAAACCAAAAAUGCAGACUUAUGAAGUGGAUCUUAACUCAUGUGGUCCUAUGGUCCUUGAUGCACUCAUCAAAAUAAAAAAUGAAAUGGACCCUACUCUAACAUUUCGACGAUCAUGUCGUGAGGGCAUCUGUGGUUCUUGCUCUAUGAAUAUUGGUGGAGGAAACACAUUGGCAUGCUUAUGCAAAAUAGACGAUAACUUGGGUAAAACAACCAAAAUCUAUCCACUCCCUCACAUGUAUGUUAUCAAGGACUUAGUGCCAGACAUGAGUAACUUUUAUGCCCAGUACAGAUCCAUUGAACCUUAUCUAAAGAAGAAGGAUGGCAGUGACAAGAAUAUUGGGGACAAGCAAUAUCUGCAAACUAUGGGAGAUAGGGCCAAACUGGAUGGCCUGUAUGAGUGUAUACUGUGUGCUUGCUGUAGCACUUCCUGCCCCAGUUACUGGUGGAACUCGGACAAAUACCUCGGACCUGCCGUCCUCAUGCAAGCAUACAGGUGGAUGGUGGACUCGCGAGAUGAUUACACUAAAGAGAGACUUUUUCAGAUGGAGGACAAAUUUUCUGUUUAUCGAUGUCAUACAAUUAUGAAUUGCACAAAGACCUGUCCAAAGGGUUUGAAUCCCGGACUUGCCAUUGGAGAGAUCAAGAAAAUGUUGGCCAAAUACAACAGCAAAGAAGCUAAAGAACUGGCAACAGCUUAAUAUUCAACUAAACAUGUUUACUUGAACUGCUUUUGUUGUAACCCUGCAUCCAAAACAGUCGAGCAUUUAUCAGACAGUGCCACAUCUCUGGCCAACUUGACAUUCUGUGACAAAAAACCUGAUCUGCUUCACUAUUAUCUUGACAAUUUAAAGGAUUUUUGUUUUGAUACAGUGUAUUUAAAACACACAUCCUUUUUAAAUGUGUAAUUGGUCAAGAAAUCAAAUUUAAGUCUUCAAUGUUAUGUAAAAUCAUUUCUUGGCUAUAUUUUAAAAUUUUAAUCAUGAUAAACCUGCUAUGUUGUUACGUUUAUUUUAAAAGAUUUAAGUAUUUAACAGGUACAGUAUAGAAAUAGGUUGCUUGCUUAUCCAUUUUAUUUAUUGUAUCUUUGACAAUAAAUUUGUUAAAUUGAGAA